CUUUAUUAUUAGUAACAAGAUUGCACAAUAUCAUAGCCGCCAUGUGAAAUUUUUAUCAUUAGACUGAAUGUAGACAGCAGGAAAGGACUUUCGAACCAGCCAAAGGGGCAACACAAGUCGAGCGAGGCAAAAAAGCCGAGCGAAAAUCAAGAGCAGAAAACAAGAGAUUCUUACAACGACUACUGUUGAUUCUAUCAACAUUUCCGACCAACACUCAACCACGGAUCUGCUACACGACUUUGUUAACAUGCUUGGAGAACAAGAAAUUUUGUGCCUCUCGGGAGCUGGGGAGAUUGUUCCGAACACCCUCGAUGAACUUGUGGACUACUUGGACAUCGGGGGAGGGCAGGGAGAGGAGUUCGAGGAGGGGAAGUCACACCUUAACGACCCCACUCGGCUCCUUGAAUGCACUACAUUCGGUACAGAAGACCAGUGGCCUAUUUGACACCUUUCAGGCUGGCAACGAGACUGUUGCUGGCAAGGCCUCGAAGCACUUCCUGUACGGGGACAUGGAGCCGGGGACCGGAUUUGCACUGGGAACCGGGGAUGCGGGGCUCGAACCUGGGUCGGCCGAUCUAGGCGAGCUCCUGCCACUCGACAUGAUGGAGGGGGAUUUCCUGGAUAGUUUCCUGGACCUGUCAAACUUCUUAGACAUGCAGGACUCUGACCAGGCAGCUGUAUCCGCGGUUAACAUGGGAGACGUGAACGGGAAGCUCGACUUCUCCGGAAUUACUUCCCAUCUCGACACAGAGCCAGCUGUCACAAUUACGGAAAUCCCAACGCCUUCAGUCGGACACGCUCUGAAGAAACGCAAGUUUGUGGAGUACUCAGAGGGUGAUGAUGCUGAUGUUGACGUUAUCACGGUCAAGAUCGAUGAAGGUCCAGUGGACCUCGGGCCCGAGGUCGCUGAAGCCGAUCAUGACUACGUCGUCAGGAAGAAGCAGAAGCUGGCUACGAUUGCUGACUUUGACCCCACAGCUGUGGAGGUCAUUGAUUCGUCAGCGUCUGAGUGCCGUUCUGCGCCUGUACACGUCUCAACCUCCGGCCGGGGGAAGGACAAGUACAGGGAACGACGGGAUAAGAACAACGAGGCGUCAAGACGAUCAAGACAAAUCAGGAAAAAUAAAUUCAAGGAUAUGGACAAAGAAGCUGAUGAACUGGAGCACAAGAACGAAACGCUGAGAAAGAAGAUUGUAGAGCUGGAGGCUAUGGCGAAAACCAUGAAAGCCAUGCUUAUUCAGAAGAUGACGGCAAAGUGAAUUAGACUGAACAAGAUCAAGACUGAUAGAGUUAAUAUUGUAGGAUAAAGAUCUGGAAAGAUGACACUGAAUAAAGUUCCAGGGUAAUGAUGAACUAUUACUUUCCUGACUUUUCUUCUUUGUCUUUUUUUAACAUCUAUGUUUUUUGACAACAUAAAAAGAGAGAACAUAAAAAAAAUUCUCUGUAGAGUUUGGUAAUAUUUUCACCCUUUUUUUAACAUGUUUAAAAUGUUCUUAACAAUAAAAUGUUGAAAAUCAAACAAAAAAUAUAUAUAUUAAAAUCUAUAAAAAGGAGAUAUUACAUAAAGAAAAACAAAAAUGAUCUUCAAAUCAUAGAUUUUUUUCUGUUUAACAUUUUAUUAUGUUCAUCACAUUUCAUUAAUUUAUAAAAACAAAUAAAAACUACAUAUGUGAAAAUCAACAAAAAAUCAAAUACAAUAAAAUUAAAGAAAAAAUAUAUAAUUGUUGAAAAUCAACAAAAAAUAAAAAUUGUAAAAAUCGAAAAAAAAUGUAUUUUCACAUGCAAAUAUAUGGAUACAUGUUUUUAUACAUACAUUAUACUAUUUAUUGACAAGUGAAAAAAAAUAAAACAAACGUAAACAUACACCUACCUUUGUUGUAUUUCUUUUUUUAUUUCUUUAUAUUAAAAAACCAGUUUGGUAUUUGAUUUAAGGAAAGCCAUCCAACAUUAGGAUGCAAAGUUUUGUUAGUGAAUUUGAGAUAUUAACAUCCAGAUUAUUCCUACCUGGUAUGUUUAAAUUAUAUGGAUGAAAUUGUGAAAGCAAAAUUGUUGAUAAAAAUGUGUUCUAAAUGUCAAGUUGAUGUAUUCAUGAGUGAAUGGAUUUAGAAAAAAACACAAAGCGAGUCUCCAAGGCACAUAUGUUACAAACCUGGAGCUUGCAUGAUGUUCAAGAUAUGUUCAAGGAUUGAAUGUAAUAUUGUUUAACAGUUCAAGUUCUGAAGGCAAAACUGUAUAACAAUGUUAUGCAGUUUUGCCUUCAGAACUGGAACUGUAGUAUUUUUCUUGCGCUUUAGGAGAAAUUACAAUGCUGUAGAAUCAUUUUUAUGUGUUUUUAAAGCAAUUAAAAUCCAGUGUCUGUAUUCAUAAAACAUCCCAAGUCACUUCCUAACUUACUCAUUUUCUUAAGAUAAGUUUUUCACUAGUUUCAUAAAAUAACAACCUAAUAAUGUCUUAAAUACUAUAUUUGUGUUCAUUUUAUUGAAUAUACAAAACUUAAUGUUGAAACACUUAAACUUUUCUUUUAGUAUGUUUUUGAACAUUUUAGGAAAUUGACUCAAAUUUAGAAAUGACUUGAGAAAGAUUUAUGAAUGUGGACCCUGUAGUUAAUAUACAUGUGUAUGUUGGUUUAUCUUAUGUUCUGUAAAUGUGAUGACCUGUUUUUCUUUAUUGAAAAUUAUCAUUUGUAAAUGGCUUUUUAAUAUCCUUGUUAUUAGGUGCACAAUUAAUCAGGUAUUCAUGACCACAUUCAUUUUGAAGAAAUCCUUUAUUUCUAAUAUUAUGCACACACAUUGGGUUGAUUUGCGCUUCUUUCAUAACUAAUCAGUAAACUAAGAAAUCCUUGAUUUCUUACCGGUAUAUCAUGCACACACAUUUGCAUUGAGUUUGGUUGAUUUUUUCGUUUGAAAUUGCCUCAUAACUGUUGUGCGUUCAUUAGAAAAUGUAAAUGUUGAUAUUUGUUUUAAAUCAUUCCUUUUGUGACGUCAUAAGCCAUACUUUAUCACUGCUGUAGUAAACAUUCAAAUCUAACAAAUGCAAUUUUGUACAAGUCUUUUGUUACUGGGUAUAUUUAUUAUGAAAUGAUUUUCUAUGUUGUUGUUAGUGACAUGUGUUAAGUUUUUGAUAUUGUUGUGUUUAUUACAUCAUACAUUGUUUUUAUGAUAUGGAUAUUUAUUUUUCACUUUCAAUACCAUAGCAACCUUUUGAUACAAUCUGUAAUUUUCCUGACCUGCACAAUCAGGUGAUGAAUAAAAUGGUUAAAUUUUCA